AGAGAGAGAGAGAGAGAGAGAGAGAGCGCAAAAGGCAGCCUUUCCCUUUUCUGGUAGUUGUAGCUGCUGAAAGACCAAGCAGGAAUUCUUUGUGUUGCAGCAGUAGUGAGAUAUAAACCAGACGAAAGAGUCGCCUAGGUCCACGAGGAAGGGGAGACCAGUUCAUGGACUAAGUGUUGCUCAAGCUGAGGCUGAACGUGAGUGCUGACCCCUCCAGGACCAGUCAUGGAUGAGGACUUUGAGCGACGCCGAGAGCUCAGGAGGCAGAAGCGGGAGGAGAUGCGUCUGGAAGCAGAGAAGAGUUACCAGAGGAACAACGAGGAUGAUGAGGAGGAGGCUGCACGGGAGCGCAGGCGCAGGGCCCGGCAGGAGAGACUGCGGAACAAGGAGAACGAGGAGUCAUCCACUGUGGCAACGGAGGCCUCAGAGCUUAACAACAGCACUAGUGAAAUUGAAAAGGAAACAACCACCACCUUCGUAGAAUCAACUGCCAUCUCCGAAGAUGACCAAGCCCUCAUGGAGCGCCUGGCAAAACGGGAGGAGCGCCGGCAACGACGGAUGAAGGAAGCACUAGAAAGACAGAAGGAGUUUGACCCCACCACCACUGACGGUAUAGAGAAUAACCGUGAGGAGCGCAGGCGAAGGGAGCCAGAGCCAGAGCCAGAGGUGAAGAGCAAGGUCCUAGAGUCUGACACCUGGAAGGAGAAGGAGGUAGAGAAGCAAGAGGAGGACCAGCAGCAGGUGACCAAAGCUGUCCAGGAAGAAGACAUAAGAGAACCAGAGAAACCCGCACCAGAGCCUGAAAAGGAGGUGGUUGAGGUCAAACAGGAACUUGUCCAGGUGAAACAGGAAAUGGCUGAGGAGAAGCCAAGAAGAUCCUACCUGAGAGAUGAGGAAUCCACAGAAGAAAGACCUAAAAGAGAAGAGGAAAAGGUUGAAGAACAUCUUGUCAAUUCAAAUGUAGUUUUAGAAAUACCCUUAGUGUUAAACAAGGAGGUACAAGAGGAACAGGUAAUAACAAAAGAAAAGACAGAAGAUAAACCUAUAUUAUCGGAGAAAGAAGUUGAGGAAAAACCUGCCAUCUUUAAGAAGGAUGAUGAAGAGACAACAAUAACGUUCAAGAUAGAUUUCAAAGAGCCAGUAAUACUAAAAAAAGAGGUUGAGGAAAGAACUGAGACACCAAAAAAAGAGGCUGAAGAACAGCAUGUAGUACCAAAGAAAGAGGUUGAAGAAAAACCUAUGUUAAAGAAGGCUGAAGAAAAACCUGCCGAACCAAAAAAAGAGGUUGAAGAAAAACCUGUGAUGCCGAAGAAGGAGAUUGAAGAGAAACCUCUGGUGCCAAAGAAGGCAGUUGAAGAGAAACUUCUGGUACCAAAGAAAGGAGGUGAGGAAAAACCUGUGAUGCUGAAGAAGGAGGUUGAAGAAAAACCUGUGGUACCAAAGAAGGGGGCUGAAGAAAAACCUGUGGUGCCAAAGAAGGGGGCUGAAGAAAAACCUGUGGUACCAAAGAAGGGGACUGAAGAAAAACCUGUAGUGCCAAAGAAGGGGGCUGAAGAAAAACCUGUGGUACCAAAGAAAGAGGUUGAGGAAAAACCUGUGUUGCCAAAAAAGGAUGCUGAGGAACAGCGUGUGACAUCCAAAAAAGCCUUAGAAGAAAAAUCUGCAAUACCAAAGAAAAACAUUGAAGAAAAACCUUCACCAGUCAAAAAGGAGUUUGAAGACAAACGCAAAACAGCAAAGAAAGAGGUUGAGGAAAAACUGCCAGUGUCUAAGAAAGAAGCAGAGAAAAAGGUUGAAGAGAAACCUGGAAUAUCGAAGAAAAAAGUUGAAGAAAAACCUGUAAUAUCAAAAAAAGAGGAGGUAACGGAGGAGAAGCCAAAACGAUCUUUUGUGAAGGAACAAGAGGUGGCAGAAGACAAACAAAAGAGAUUGCUUAAGAAGGAGGAGGUGAUGGAGAAGAAGGUGACCAAGGAACCUGAAGCCAUCCAACGCAAGAAGGACUUCCCACCACAACCGAAGCAGCAAAACGGAAGCGUCCGUGAGGAAACUGUUGGCAAGCUAAAGAAGCCGGACUGGGUCCAGAGCCACGGGGCUCCAUCAGAGACCAGGGAGAAGGUAGGCGUCUCUCGUAAAGUGGAGGAGCUCAAGAAGCGCCGCAACGAGACAGAGAGUGGUGAAUUUGAGAAGAUGCGUCAGAAGCAGCAGGAGGCUGAGGCAGAGCUAGAGGAGCUGAAGCGCAAGAGGGAGGAGAGGAAGAAGAUCCUGGAGGAGGAGGAGAAGCAGAAGAAGCAGGAACUGGUGGAGAAGAAGGCCAAGGAAGAGGAGGAGAAGAAGAGAAUGAAGGAGGAGAUCGAGAAGCGGCGAGCGGAGGCGGCGGAGAAGCGCCAGAAGGUGGACGAGACUCCUGAGGGAGAGGGCAAGAAGCCCUUCAAGUGCGUCAGUCCUAAAGGCUCCUCGCUCAAGAUUGGAGAAAGGGCAGAGUUUCUGAACAAGUCGGUUCUGAAGAGUGCCGCGAAGGCGUCCCACGCGCCCAUCGUGACCAAGAUCGGCAACAGACUGGAGCAGUACACGACCGCCAUUCAGAGCAACAAGGAAGUCAAGUCCCCGAAGUCCCCAGUGCCGGACCUGCCCGUGGUCACAGAUGGGAUCCGAAACAUCAAGAGCAUGUGGGAGAAGGGCAAUGUUUCCGGUGCCCCUGGCGGUCCUGGGACCCCCAACAAGGAAGCAGCUGGCAUGAAGAUAGGUGUGGCCGGCCGCAUCAACGACUGGCUAAACAAGGCCCCGGAGAACGGCAAAGCGGCAGGAGGGAAACCUGCGGACCUGAAGCCCGGCGAUGUGUCCAGCAAACGUGGCUUAUGGGAAACCAAAGGCUCCUCUCCUGGCAAGGCGAUGGUCGGGGGCAAGAGUAAAUCAGUCACCAAUGCAGGAGUUGGACACUAGUAGGGCCAAGAGCUGGAGAAGGACGAAACCAACGGCGUGGAAGGCUCUCUCUUCUGUUUUGUACAUUUCUAAUACAAAAAAAACAGCUCGUUGCCGUUUCUCUUUUGUUUUUUCUUUUUGUUUGGUUUUGUUUUAAAGUUAUUUCUUGGGGGGCAGAAUGAAAAAGAAGCAAGAUGUAUAUUAGCACUGUAUUAAAAACCCACCAGUUUAUUGGUCCACCUGACAAUUCUGUUUGCACUCAGCCGCGUAGCUUCUUUAGAAAACUAUGUUGACAAAUCUGGACA